AUGAUGAGGGCAUACGAAUUUGUCACGAACACUCCGGUGAAGUUGGACGAGCAUCGCGAAUAUCUGGUUGAUGACGUCGCGCUCGUUCGCUCUAGUCCACCUCUAUCGCCUCGGAUGAAAGUAGCAGAAACGUCAUCCGAAGGAAUGAUUGAACGAUGUGUGGUGGUACAACGUCAAAGUGAUGGAUAUGGUUUUACAGUAACCGGUGAUCAUCCAGUAUUUGUACAUACAGUGAAACCAGAAGGUGCAGCAUUCUGUGCUGGAGUUCGUGAAGGAGAUCGCAUACUCAAAGUGAACGGAAUGCCAGUGACAAGUAGCAAUCAUCUGGAUGUUGUACGUAUGAUUUCAGGUGGUCAAAACGUCGUGCUGACACUUCUCGGUUCUCCACCAGAACCGUUGGGACUUUAUCUUAUCCCAGAUUCGAAGCUUGACACGGGAUCAAUGCACGAGCCCGUACUCAUAGAGCAAAAUGUUGGAAAAGACGAUUGGAAGAGAAAACGGAAAGAACUUCUCAGCCAGAUGCUCGACGAUGAACGCAAGCAUGUAGAGGGCCUUCGCGAUUCAGAGAAUAGCGACAAACUAGAUCGUGCACUGAAACGAAUCGUCUCAUUACAAUCGCAAUUGCGACACAUUAAACCGGCUGAGCCUCCUUGGAGUCAGCCACGUGCUCCAAUGGAUGGCGACACGGAUGAGGAUGAGACGGAGAGUUUACCUUCGAGAUUUACUGAGAUUGACAGUCAUGGUCCAUUCUCAAACCUUGCCGAACUUAAAACACAUCCUGCUCACCUCGCCGUAUUCAUCAACUACCUUCUAUCAAUUGAUAGUCCUAAUAGUUUAUUCUUUUAUGUGAUUACGGAUGCCUUCCAAAGUGCUCAAGGUUCACCGAAAGACUUCCGACGAUGGACAUUUGAAAUUUUCACAACAUUUGUUAUACCAAAUUCUCCACUCGUCAUACCGAACUCGGACCAAAACAUCAUUCAACCAAUCGAUAAAAUUAUUCACUGGAAUUUUCUGUUUGCCUUACUCAUAGAGAUUCUUGCCACAACAUCCGAACAAAUUUGUGAUUCGGAUGUUGAAAUUCUGAAACGGGUAUUUGUUCCUGGACGACAACGUGCGGUUGCCGAUAUUAAUGAACAUAUGGCAAAUUUCCGACAGAAACGACAACUUGGAUUGGGCUCUAUUUUUGAUGCCAAUCAACUGACACAACUAGUACGAGGAGAUUCCGCUAUGGAAACCCGGGUUGGCGAACAAAUGAUGUUUCGAGCUUUAGAAAAUAUCCUUGGUUCAUCGGGUGACUUUGAGUCCUGUGAUAUGAAGACGCAGGCAAUUAUCGCAAGUCUGGCUUCCACUAUAAGGAUUGUACUCGGUUCUAAACCAUCAACUACCUCCUGGGAGAAGAUGAUGGAACGUUGUCCACAGUUUAUUUUGAAGGACAAAGGAGGGAAGAGUAAAAAACCGCCGAGCAACCUCAAAACAAAAGCACAGGUGAAAGGUCACAUGUUUGUGGUGAAUCCAGUUAACACCGUGCAUUAUUGCUAUCAAUGUCGGGAUGCGAUCUGGGGAAUGCAACCAUGGUGCUAUUUCUGCGGCAAUUGCGAUGUCAAAGUUCAUACUCAGUGUACAUCUUCGCUAACGGAUGCCUGUUAUCCUGCAACUCAAGGAAAACAAAAAUCCAAGGCGAGACGAUCUGGUUUGAUGGGUAAAUCGGAUGCGGAGGAUGACGAUACCCCCCGAGGCGAACACAACGUCAAAUCAACAAGUUCAGACUCAGGCAUUGGUCAAGAAAUUCACGACAAACCUGUUGGAAGAUCGCAUAGCAUGCGAAAUCGUGUGGCCACGAUUCCUCAGAUUUCGGACGAACGAACAGCAGGAAGACGUGACCGAUCCACACCGUCGUGGGGCAGCGAUCUUCCUCCAGCUGAUGAGGAAGAGGAAGCAACAAGGCGGAUACGAUCUGUAGAGUCAAGGUCUGAGGCUAGAUCUCUCGAAGGAAGUCGUAUUGCCCUUGAUAUGCAAAGCAACAGUGGAAGUUCAACAAGCAUGUCUCAUACGAGUAUAAUAGACGACGAGGUGAAACGAGUAAUGGAAAGGAUGCAAACAUCGGCGAUAUCAGAAGAUGACAGCGAUCUGGAGGUGGAGACGGAAGCCCCAUCCUUGGAUCAAUUGGUUGGAUGGGAUGUGAUCCGUCACCUGAAACCGAAAGAAAAGAAACGCCAAGAAGUUAUUAAUGAAUUAUUUCAUACCGAACGAACACAUGUACGAAAUUUGAAGAUUUUAUUACGGGUAUUUUAUAAACCAAUGUUGGUUAAUAAUGUUGUUUCUCCGGAUGUGGUGCACUUAUUAUUCGCUAAUCUUGAUCAACUUCUUGAAAUCCAUACAGAAAUGUCAAAUCGAAUGCGACAAGCUGUUGAACAGUGGCGAAGGGAUCCAAGUCUUAACGGUCUGUAUGGUAAUAUCGGUGAAUUAAUGGAAAAAAUGUUUGAUGGUGAAGCUGGUGAGAAAUUUAUGCAAGUCACAUCCACAUUUUGUCAACAUCAACAACAUGCUUUAGAGAUUUUGAGGACGAGAUGUAAAAAAGACAAAGAGGAUGCAUUAGUACGAUUUCUUGCCGAUGCUGAAGCGAAUGCAUUGUGUCGGAAAUUGCAAUUAAAGGAUAUGAUUCCUGUAGAAAUGCAACGAUUAGUAAAAUAUCCGUUACUUCUCGAAACAAUCGCUAAAUAUACGAAUGAGCCAAGCGAGGAACAAGAUCGAUUGUUACGGACUGUGGUUUCCGCUAAACGGAUACUAAGUGCGGUGAAUACGGCGAAACGGAAUGCGGAAAAUUUGAGACGUCUGGAAGAACUGCAAAGACGUAUGGAUACGACACCUUUCGACAAGGAGUUCAGCGGUCAUGACUAUGCCUAUCUCAAUCUUACGAAAUAUCGCCUCGUUCAUGACGGGCCAUUAACUUGUCGAUUUAAUCGUGGAAAAAUGAUCGAACUACAUGUGGUACUUUUGGAGAAUAUGUUAGUCUUUCUAACUAAGCACAGCGAUGGAAACAAGUUACAACUGAAGACUCUGGAACCAUCCAAGGAGACUAAAUGGUCCCCAAUAAUGCCACUUGCUCCAUUAAUUGCUAAGGAAAAAGCAAACGAUAAACGAGCAUUUUUUCUCGUGUUCAACAGUCAGUAUGGUGCUCAAAUCUAUGAACUUGUCGCGGCAACGGCAACUGAAAGAAAAACAUGGUUCAAAUUGAUCUCGGAUCAAAUCGAGAAUGACAAAAAGCAUCAGACACAAGGAAUUGAUCACUGUAACUUCGAGGUUGGUACGAGCUCUUCUCUGGAUUCGGAUGGAUUGGCAAAGGUUCACGUGUUGACACAUCCACGACUUGUACAUGCAUCCGAAAUUACUGUUCAACAACCGACAGUGUUGGAACAUGCACAACCUGUUCUUACUCCUACUGAGAGGUUACGACGUAGUGAUGACGUCAUUUUCCAAGCUCUACUAACUAAACAAACAAUACUUUCACAAUUUUUACCUGGUGAUAAGAAAGGAAGAACAGAAGAGCUUGAAAAAUUGACGGAACUUCUUGGAGGAUUAGCGGUUGCGGAUCUAAAACAACGUGAUUGCAAGGAACUUGCCAUGUCUGCCAUCGUCCAUGGAAAUCGACUCCUGGAUAGCAUCAAUCAAGGGCUAAAUGCAAAGAAGGAGGCAGAUGAGGGAAAUCCUGGCGGUUCCGUGCUUGUGCUCGAUGAUGCCGAGAAAAAUCUACCUUCGGUGCCUUGCUAUAAGUUAACUGCAAUUGCUGCUCCACUGAUGAAUCAUCUAAAAGCACUGAUGCAAGUAAUCCAGGAUCAGCAGCAGGAAUUGAAUACGGUAAAGCAACAAUUGUACCACUACAAGGAGUUGGCAGAAUCCGGCUCUCGUGACAGAUCUGUCAGCGAAGAGACAUUGACAGAAUGUUCUUCGGAUUUACAAGAGCGGAAGCUUAUGACAAAACGUCAACGAACUCCUUCGAUACAACCUGUUACAUGA